AUGAUGAGUAGUCUUAAUUAUCCUCAUUGCCAAACAGAUGCGAUCACAUGUGAGAAUGCCCCAAAAGGCCAAAACACAAAAGCAGAGCACAUCAUUACUAAUAGCGGUCACAAGAACCGAAACACCCAAAUGAACACACAUUGUCCUGGACCUCCCGGUCAGAGUCGGAGCUUGAAGAUUAAGAUGGAAAGAGAUUCGAUGAAGAAAGUGAGAGUGCCCUGCAAUUUCUGCGAUUUCUUCAGCAGCAGAUCUGAACAAAGUCUAGAGGAGCAAGACCAUGAAGCAGUGAAAGAGGUCGAGAGAUUACGGCUUCUUAUCAAGAGAAUGACUGGUGAAGACGAGAGUGUGAGUUUCUCCGAGCUGCUAGCACUUGAAAGCCAUCUACAGGAUGUCCAGCUCAUUGUGGCGGACCAAAGGACGAAGGUAAAGCUAGAAGAAGAUGAAAGGCUGCGCAAGCAGGGAGAUAGUUUUGUUAGCUCUGAAGAAGAAGGACAGGAUGAUGGAACAGCACCACUGCUUAAGAUGAUGAGAGAAUUUGAGAGACGAAGCUCUGAAUCCGCGCAGAGCGAGUUGGAGAGAUUGUGGCUUCUGAACGAGUACGAGAAUGAAUGGCAGAGAGCUCGGCGGCAUGACUUCCUUCGACCUGCUCCGAUUAGAAAAUCGAGUAAUGCGUGCCAAGAUGGGUCUGAGGGACCAAAGGCUGGGACCAAGAAGGGAACAGAUUGCAAGGCAGCACAAAGCAGUGCUGAGCAAGAGAGAUGUUUCUCGGAUGAUGACACUUGCUUGCCGCUGAGGCUCCUUUUGGUUUCAAGGGAGCUCAGUAAAUUUCAUAAUCGUUAUUACCGGAGAAGGAGAGUUCAGAUGAAGCUGAAGAGGAGAGGGAGAAGAGACUUGACGAAGAAGGCGGGAGUGCUCUGCGAUUUCUGCGGAUUAUCCAGCAGCAGCAGCAGAUGUGAAGAGAGGCCACACAUACAAGAUGAUGAAGUAGUGAGCGAACCACAGGGGAGCAGACGGCCGUCUUCUGGAACUUGGAGGAUGUCCCGUUUCCUGGGUCUGUUGUUGAACGAGUUCUUAGUUUUCUUUUGCGGUUUGGUUCUUAUUUAUGGUGGAGUUUGCUUGACACCUCGCAGGAGAAUGUCGGGUAGAGAGCUGGUCGGCGUGGCUUACUCUGAGCUGAUCUUAGUUGCAGAGGAGAUACACCGUGGAUUAGCGGGACUGCAUGAGCAGAUGUAUGGGCCGAGAUCGGACCAAAUUGCAGCGCAGCAGAAAGAGCACUAG